AUGGAGGUGGCCCCGCCGGCAGAGGAGCCGCAUCCCCUGGACGCCGCUGCGGAGGGCGCGCCGCCGCCGGCCCCGGCUCCUCAAGCAGAGACGCCCGUGCCCGCGGCGUCCACCAUGAUCGUGGCUCCGCUGUCGCCGCUCGUCACCUCGGGCGACCCCAAGAAGUCCAGCAAGAAGGACGAGCCCUCGGCGCCGGGCGAGGCUCGCUCGGGGCCCGUGGGCAACCCGCUGCUGCUGAAGCACGAGCGCCUCACGGGCACCAUCUGCAAGCUCAUGGCCGUCAAUGGCGCGGGCUCGCUGAGGAGCCACAUGUUCGAGGGUGAGCUCGCCUUCCGGCCGGACUGCGUCAUGCCGGAGUGCGGGCAGUACCAGUUCCGGGAGGGCGAGCAGGUGGAGUUCGACGUGCAGUCAGACGAGCGCGGCAGGCCGCAGGCCGUCAUGAUGAAGCCGGUGGUGGGCAGGAAGCCCGCCGAGUGCCUGGGCCAGCGCCACCGCGGCUACGUGCGCCGCUUCGCCGACCGCUGGGGGUUCCUCAAUGCCGCCGCCUUCGACGGCGACCUCUUCGUGCACCGCGACAACCUGCUGAUGGCCCACGACGCCGGCCAGGACGGGCAGCCGCAGCUCCGCGGGGGGCAGGCGGUCGAGUUCGACGUGGCCCUCGACGACCGCGGCAGGGUGGUUGCGAAGCAGAUCACCACGAGCUCGCUCUUGCGGCCCACUGACUGGCUGGGCCGGAGGCUGCAGGGCUUCGUGCGGUCGUUCCAGGGCGCCUGGGGCUUCUUGAACUCCGACAAGUUUGCGGGCGACCUCUUCGUGCACCGCGACAGCUUGGUGCCGCAGUGCCAGGGCAUGGAGCUCUCGAGCGGGAUGCUCGUGGAGUUCGACGUGGAGAAGGACAACCACAAGAAGGGGGGCAAGAACCGCCUCGUGGCGCGGCAGGUCGCGGUCGUGCAGGGUCAGGCCGCCGUGCCAGCCCCGGCGCACUCGCAGCCGCAGCCGCAGCCGGGCAUCGACCCCUACGGGUUCCCGCAGCACGGCAUGCCGCCGUACGGCUCCACGAUGAACCCGGCGGCGCCUACCUUCUCGCCAUGCUCGUCCUCGAUGUACUACCCGGGCCAGGUCCCCGGGGCCGAGCAGCAGCAUCCGCUGGGGGUCGGCUAUGGGCAGACGCCGUACCCCUACGCCGACCUGGCGCAGCACUAUGCGGCGCAGCCCCCUCCGCAGCCGCAGGCUCCACUACCGCCGAUGCCGCAGAUGCCGCAGCCAGUCCCGCCGUACGGGCAGCAGAUGGUGAUGCCCGGGCAGCCGGCAUACGGGCAGGCCCCGAUGGUGCAGCCGCCCUUGCCGCAGGUGCCGCAGCCCCAGUACGGGCAGGUGCCACCAGCCGCCCAGCCCCCGUACGGUCAGAUGCCUUAUGGGCAGCCUGGGUACGGCAUGCUGCCGUACGGCGCCCAGCCUGGGGCGCCGCCUCAGCAGCCGCUCGCGCCCGGCGUCCCAGGCGCGGCCCAUGCCAUGCCUGGCGCCGCGGCGGCCGCCAUGCCGCCGCAGCAGCAGCAACCGGCCAUGCAGGCCGCCCAGGGAACCGUGCCAGUGGCGGGGCAGCCAGACGUCGCGGUGGCCGAGGCGUCCCCGGGCGCCGGAGAGCAGCCGCAGGUGCUGCUCCACAUCACCACGCACGACUGGGAGCCCGACCAGUCCGGGCAGCUCCGCGUCCGGAAGAGCACGCUGGUCAACGUCUCGCACCGCGCCGCGCACGGCUGGGUCUACGCCGCCACCGUCAAGAUCGGCGAGAACAGCAACAACGAGCCGCCCGCCGAGGGCUGGGUGCCGCAGGCCGUCGCCAAGCGCGUCAGCCUCGCCACCGCCGAGAGCGACUGGCCGGCGGAGGGGCCCGAGACGCUCGGCCUCGUGAAGGGUGACCUCAUCGCCGUGUCCAAGGAGGCGGAGCGGGGCUGGGUGUUCGGUGAGCGCGUCAGCCCCAGGCGGGACCCGUGGCCGCUGGAGGGGUGGCUGCCGAAGAAGAUCCUGAAGUACGUGCUGAUGUGA